GCAGCAUAUUGAGCAACGAGCAGCAUAUAGUUUACAAUGGUUCAAGUGUUCAACCCGGGUUAAGUCAACGGUUGUGUUGGCUCAAAUACUCCCUCUGAAUCCCCCAAAAAAUACUCCCUCUCAUUUGCUUUAAUUUGACACCGCUAAACUUUUGCAAGGUCCGUUCGUUGAAAUACCAUCAUCUCGAUGCUUGAUUCUUGUUGAUUUCUCUGUCCAGGCUUGCCUGACAGCGGGAGAGGAUGAGUGCUUCCCUGGGCGCCAUGGGGUCGCUUCUCAGGAAGCUCCAUGUAGCAGAAUACCAGGUGACAGAGUCAGCGAAGGAGGGGAUCGGGCUCCUGAAACAAGAUCUGGAAGUCGUAAACGCCGCCAUGGUGGAUCUUUCCGAGACGGAGACUUGCACCACGAUGGCCAGGCACUGGAUGAACCAGGUUCGUGACCUAUCGUACGACAUCGAGGACUACAUCGACAAUACGAUGCCCUCCUCCUCCUCCUCCUCCUACUCUGAUUCAAGUGCAGAUCUGGAACCAGUCGACCCCGGUCGAAUCGAGGAGUUUCGUGUUUCCGUGAGGGAGGCCCGGGAGCGGCACCAGAUCUAUGAGCUCGGCCGUUGCACUUGCACACCGCCGAGAUGUGGAUUUGUAUCCCCCGAGCAACGCCGCGCCGCCCCAGCGCCGGACUGGAAGGGGACAAGCCUCGUCGGCAUCGGCAAAUCCAAGAUCGAACUGCUGAACAUGCUCAGCGACGAAGCCGAGCCCAAGCUCAAGGUGGUUUCCAUUCUUGGAGUGGGAGGUGUUGGCAAGACUGCGCUGGCCAAACAGGUGUUCCGCGAGCUUGGGGGCCGAUUCGGGUGUCGAGCUUUUGUGCAGGCGUCGAGGAUGCCUGAUACGAAAAGGAUUCUUCGAGGCAUACUCUCCCAAGUUCGACGCCAUGGUCAACUACCGGCUGAUUGCUGCACAGUGCAAGUCCUUAUUGACGAAAUUCGUCAACAUAUCCAGCAUAAGAGGUAUUUCAUUCUUAUUGAUGAUUUAUGGGAAACAUCUUCUUGGGAUAUUGUUAGCAGUGCUUUUCCCAAGGGUGAAUGUUGUUGUAGAGUAUUAACGACGACAAAUAUCGAGGAAGUAGCUCUAGAAUGUUGUGAUUAUCAAUAUGACGAUAUUUAUAAGAUGAAGCCUCUUAGCAGAGAUGACUCUGCAAACUUGUUCUUUAGCAGUGUGUUUGGCUCUGAACAUAAUUGUUCUGAAGAGUUGAAGAAUGUUUCAUAUGAAAUUGUCAGAAACUGUGGUGGACUGCCACUUGGAAUCAUGAGUAUAGCCAGAUUUUUAGCGAAUGAAGUGGAGACAUUAGAGCUAUGGCAACACGUGAAGAAACUUCUAUCUUUCAGUACGGCAACAAGUCACACUUCAGAAGACAUGCUAAGAAAUAUAGUCUGCCUUUGCUACAAAAGUCUUCCCCGUCAUUUGAAGACCUGUCUUCAAUAUCUUACAAUGUAUCCAGAGGGGUGCAUAAUCUGGAAGGCUGAUUUGGUGAAACAAUGGACUGCUGAAGGUUUUAUCAGGGAAACAGAAGGGGAGGACACCAACGCAGUAGCAGAUAGCUAUUUUGAUGAGCUUGUCAGCAGAGGAAUAGUGCAACCUAAUCGCAAAACCUACAGUGACGAGGUGUUGUCUUGUACAGUUCAUCACAUGGUAUUUGAUGUUAUCAAGGGCAUAUCCAUAGAAGAGAACUUCACCACUGCAUUGGACUAUUCUCAAUCUAUUACAAAGCUUCCUUUCAAGGUCCGUCGAUUGUCUCUCCAUGUCAGCAAUACCAAAUAUGCAACAAAACCGUCGAACAUAUCACUAUCACAAGCUCGGUCACUAAACUUUUACGGACUAGCUGGGUGCCUGCCAUCGACUUUGGAGUUCAAGCAGCUUAGAGUUCUAAUACUUCAACUUUGGGGUGAUCAAGAGGAGUUUGAUCUAAGAGGAAUUUUUAGAUUGCUUCAACUGAGAUAUGUGCAGGUUACAACUGAUAUGAUUGUUAAGCUACCAGCCAACAUACAGAGACUGCAAUAUUUGGAAACACUGCAACUAAAUGCAAGAGUAGAAAAUGUUCCGUCGGAUAUUGUUCAUCUUCCAAAAUUGUUGCACUUCCGUCUUCGCGAUGUGACACUGCCUGACAACAUUGGCUGCAUGGUGUCUCUAUGCACGCUAGAGUCAUUAGACCUCAGCAAUAAUUCUGAACAAAACGUGUGGGGUCUUGGAGAGAUGACGAACCUGCAAGAUCUUCAUCUCAACUGCUCUGAACUGUCUGACUGCCUGAAGAGAAAUCUGACUGCUCUAGCUUCUUCUCUGGGUAAAUUUGGUAAACUAAGAACUCUUGUUCUGGCUCCUUCUUCAGGCACAAGCAUGUACAUGGAUUGCUCAAGAGUCGUGUCCUCUCCACCCCUCUCUCUUCAGAGACUUGAGUUGUUACCUCCCAUUUGUAUCUUUUCCAGACUGCCCGAAUGGAUCGGACAGUUAAAGAAACUCCGCAUUCUGAAAAUUGUUGUUAGAGAACUGCUGAGCUCUGAUGUUCAUAGCCUCGCAAUGUUACAGGAGCUCAAUGUUCUCUCGUUGGAUGUCCAGCAAUCCCUUGAAGAAACAAUUGUCUUUAAUCACAAGGCAUUCCCUGUUCUCAGGUAUUUCAAAUUCAGAUGUGCUGUGGUGCGUCUUGCCUUUCAGGCGGAAGCAAUGCCAAAUCUCCAGAAGCUCAAGAUAGAAUUCAAAGCCCACAGUGGGGAACAGUAUGGUGAUAUGCUUGCUGGCAUUGAGCACUUGUUGAACCUCCAAGAGAUCAUUGGAAGAAUUGGAGCAGCUGCUGAUGCAGAGGAAUCUGACAAGACAGCCACAGAGUCUGCGUUAAGUGAUGCCACUAAGAAGCUUUCAAGCAUUCCUAGAUUCAACAUACGAUGGAUUCAUUGGGUUGAAGAAGAUGUCAGAGUUUUCCCGAUUUUGGAUCUGCCAGGAAGAUCUUCAUCUUCAGACAUUGAGAUCAUGUGUUAUGAGGACUCGCCGAGUUCUCACGGGCCAAGUGCGGAUGUUUCACUGAGAUCCCAGGCAGCCACAUGGGAGGGGCUUGAUCAACCGAAGGCACCGGGAGAAAUCCCGAUGGAUCCGUUGCCGCCACGGCCAAUCAGCGCUCGGCGCUGCGCCGAGACCGAGUCUAUAAUUACACGCGGCAAAGCCAGGCGACGGCCGCGCCGCCACCGAGAUGGGCCACCCGACAGCUGGGAGAGAGAUGGGGAUCGAGAGAGGGAAGAGAUAAAGAAAGAGGUGGAAAUACAUAUCGAAGGAAUUCCUCGGAUGGAAUUAGCAGAUACCUUACGCCCCUUAAGCCUUCCAAUCUACGGUCGUCGUAGAGAAGGGGGUUCGUCUGAAGAAUACGGAUACACCUGUGGCCGUGGGCGAGCGGUGCCAAGGUUUGGCGAGUGGGACUCUUCCUCGCGUGCGUCGGCUGCAGGCUACACGCAGAUCUUCAACAGGGCGAGGGAAGAGAAGAAGAGCCUGAAGGAGCCGUCGGGGCCCGGCCUGGCAGAGGAACCGUCGGGGCCCGGCAAGGAAGCCACCCAUGGGAAAGGCUCCAAGGCGAGUCACUCCGCUAAAUCAAAAUGGUCCUGCUUUCGGUGGUGUAAUAAAUAGAGAUGCACGUACUGAUGUUGCUAUCUAUCUAUGGACUGUAGAUUUCAGAGGGAGGGGAUUUUUUUUUCCCCCUGUGAUUCGCCGGUUCAGCUGUGAAACUGCAUUUGGCCAUAGCUUUUUAAUUUUUUUUUCUAUUUUUGGAGGUGAAGAUAUGUAGUGUAGCUCAUGCUUGCUAAGGGCCUUCACAUUGCAGUGAUGUGUCAAGUGGUUUUGUUUAGCCACAUCAGCACAACACCUCUAACUCAGCACGAAGGGCGUCCUUGCAAAGCUCCACGUGUCCCCUGCAAGAAUGAGUUCCUUCACAAUGCAUGUCAGUGUGCAUCAGAAGACGACGAGCAUCCACGCAUUGGGGGAGAGGGCGUGGCCCGGCCGACGCAUGUGGUGGAGAUGGAGGAUCUCCCGCCACCGCAGUCCCCUCGAGCUGCCUUUGGCCAGCCCCGCCCACGCUAGAUCCGACCGCCGCUGCCCCGAGCCACCCCCUGUCACCUACUGUGAGCUCCAUCUGCCAUCGUCCCCUCGAGUCGCCGUCGCUCGGCCUCACUCCGCUGCCUCCUAUCGUCUGCUGCGAGUUCCAUUGGCCGUUGGUCCUUGCUUAGCUGCUGUUUGGUCGAGCCGCCUGAGAGGAAAAGAACUUUCACGGGAGAAGAGAGAGGGGAGAGGAUGAGUUACAUGCAGAAUAAGUGGGACCCACUUGAAGCCAUUUGCAAUGAAAUUACUGUGGAAGAAGGAAAGUCUUCUUUGUUUUGUUUUUGUCCUAGGUGGCGUGCUAGAGCCACUGACGUGGAUGGCCUGGCUGCACUAAGCAUUACAUUGUUUGGUUCAGUCUGUACUGCAUUACUUCCCUUCGUUCUACAGUGCAAGGGGCAUUGUGUAUAGGAAAAUUAGCGUUUGAAAGAUCUGACUAUUAAUUGAGCUACGAAUGUGUUCACUGUUACGUA